UUCGGUGACGUCAUCUCUGGGCGCCGAGGGUGACUGGACUUGCUGUGGGCUUCCAAGGCCCCGCGGCGCUGCGGGUUGUAUUGGCAGGAUACCGGAGGGCGGAAGUGCAGCAGAGAUCGGCACCGACCUCCACGCCGCUGCCUUCUGCGGCUGCGCGGGCUCUCGGGACUCCAGGCUCCCGCGCCUCUGCGGGACAGUGUAUCAAGCAGCCAGCGCCGCCGCCCUGCCAGAGCCCGGGAUCCGAGCGUCUUCAUCGGUGCAGGAAGCGGGAGAAGGAGCUGGCAUUUCUGUUUGGCUUUGGGUGAAAAAAGAAUUUAGCCUAUAUGCACUGCUUUACCCACUGGAAGAAUGACAGAUGACAAAGAUGUGCUUCGAGAUGUAUGGUUUGGGCGAAUUCCAACUUGCUUCACCCUGUAUCAGGAUGAGAUAACUGAACGGGAGGCAGAACCAUAUUAUUUGCUUUUGCCAAGAGUAAGUUAUUUGACGUUGGUAACUGACAAAGUGAAAAAGCACUUUCAGAAGGUUAUGAGACAAGAAGACAUUAGUGAGAUAUGGUUUGAAUAUGAAGGCACACCACUGAAAUGGCAUUAUCCAAUUGGUUUGUUAUUUGAUCUUCUUGCAUCAAGUUCAGCUCUUCCUUGGAACAUCACAGUGCAUUUUAAGAGUUUUCCAGAAAAGGACCUUCUGCACUGUCCAUCUAAGGAUGCAAUUGAAGCUCAUUUUAUGUCUUGUGUGAAAGAAGCUGAUGCAUUAAAGCAUAAAAGUCAAGUAAUCAAUGAAAUGCAGAAAAAAGAUCAUAAGCAGCUCUGGAUGGGAUUACAAAAUGACAGAUUUGAUCAGUUUUGGGCCAUCAACCGGAAACUCAUGGAAUAUCCUGCAGAAGAAAAUGGAUUUCGUUAUAUCCCUUUUAGAAUAUAUCAGACAACGACUGAACGACCUUUCAUUCAGAAGCUUUUUCGUCCUGUGGCUGCAGAUGGACAAUUGCACACACUAGGUGAUCUCCUCAAAGACGUUUGUCCUUCUGCAGUGGCUCCUGAAGAUGGGGAAAAAAAGAAUCAAGUGAUGAUUCAUGGAAUUGAGCCAAUGUUGGAAACACCUCUGCAGUGGCUGAGUGAACACCUGAGCUACCCAGAUAAUUUUCUUCAUAUUAGUAUCAUCCCGCAACCAACUGAUUGAAGGAUCAAGUCUAUGCCUGAAUGGAAUUGCCCUUAAACAGGAUUUACCAGAGCAUGCCACCCUUCUGCUUCAGUCAGGUUUAGUGGAGGCAACCUGACCAGAAACACUGCUGCAAGCCAAACAGGAAGAUGAUUCCAUGUCAGAUAAGGGCACUCGGGCUGGUCUUACUUUGCAUCACCACCACUGCUUUCCUCCACUGCCGUCAUUAAACCUCAGCUGCGGCAUGAAAGACUUCACAGGACCACUGCGAGUCUUCUGUUUUCUUGUAAAAUAUAAUGAAGCCGAAACCUUUGGCCUAAGAAGAAAAUGGAAAUAUGUGCCACUCGAUUUGUAUUUCUGAUUAACAAAUAAACAGGGGUAUUUCCUAAGGUGACCAUGAUUGAACUUUAGCUCGAGGGAGUGGAAACAUUGGUUUAAUUUUCUAGAGAAUUCGACUUAAGAAAGUAAAAGAGAAAUUCUGUUAUCAAUAACUUGCAGUAAUUUUUUGUAAAAGAUCCAAUUACAGUAAACCCAUCUUUCCUUAAUGAAAAUUUCCUAUGUUUACAGUGUCUAUUGGUAUGCAAACAAUCUUGUAACUUUGAUAAUGAACAGUGAGAGAUUUUUAAAUAAAGCCUCUAAAUAUGUUUUGUCAUUUAAUAACAUA